CUAUUCUAUCUAACGCAGUGAGGAAUCUGGGAAUGUGCAUGCGUUUAAAUGAAAACAAUAGCAUAUGGUUAUUUCCGGGUAGCAGGAACAGUCUUUCCGGUCUAUGACACGUCCAAAGAUGGCAGUGCAAAUAUCUAAGAAGAGGAAGUUUGUCGCUGAUGGCAUCUUCAAAGCUGAACUGAACGAGUUCCUCACCAGAGAGCUCGCUGAGGAUGGCUACUCCGGUGUGGAGGUUCGUGUCACCCCAACCAGGACUGAAAUCAUCAUCCUGGCUACCAGGACACAAAACGUUCUUGGCGAGAAGGGGCGUCGUAUCCGUGAGCUGACUGCAGUGGUGCAGAAGAGGUUUGGCUUCCCAGAGGGCAGUGUUGAGCUGUAUGCUGAGAAGGUUGCUACUCGUGGUCUGUGCGCCAUCGCCCAGGCAGAGUCCCUGCGCUACAAGCUUCUUGGGGGUCUGGCUGUCCGCAGAGCCUGCUAUGGUGUCCUGCGCUUCAUCAUGGAGAGCGGAUCCAAGGGUUGCGAGGUGGUGGUCUCUGGAAAGCUCAGGGGUCAGAGGGCCAAAUCUAUGAAGUUUGUGGAUGGCCUCAUGAUCCACAGCGGAGACCCCGUUAACUACUACGUCGACACUGCUGUCCGCCAUGUGCUGCUCCGUCAAGGUGUGCUGGGGAUCAAGGUGAAGAUCAUGCUGCCCUGGGAUCCCAGCGGUAAGAUCGGCCCCAAGAAGCCUCUCCCCGACCACGUGAGCAUCGUGGAACCCAAGGACGAGCAGGUCCCUUCAACCCCCAUCUCAGAGCAGAAGGGAGCCAAGCCGGAGGCCGCUGCCGUCGCACCUGCGACACCUGUCCCUACAGCAUAACCAUGAGGGAGCCCCAAACCAGAGUCACAAUUUUCCCAGUGUAAGGCAGGUUUAGCGAAGUGUUAAAAAGGCAGGAUAAGUUCCAGUACAGCUUGCACAGUGCUGCUUUGUCGUUCCCCCUGAACACAGAAACCCUGUUUCCUACUAUCUCGGUCUGUCUGCAUCCCACAGCUGGCAGGGACGCUUGGUUUCAGACACCACGUCGCCCGUUGACAUAAAUCUAUGCAUUUUGUUAGCAUAGCCUAAAGGGAGUGCUAAAAAGGUUAAGGUAGCAAAAUGUCUGAUCUAAUUUUCCCUAUUAAAAAAAAUAAUAAUUUAACAGGUCUUCAUGAGUCAUCUGGAAAUUCUCCAAAUACCUUUUUUCAAUUGUUGAUAAAAAUAAUUUUAAAAAUA